AUGCUUCAGUGGAGGAGGAGGCAUUGCUGCUUUGCCAAGAUGACCUGGAAUACCAAACGCUCCCUCUUCCGCACACACUUCAUUGGCCUACUCUCCCUUGUGUUCCUUUUUGCUACGUUUCUGUUUUUUAACCACCACGAUUGGCUGCCUGGGAGAGUUGGAUACAAAGAAAACCCUGUGGCAUAUACUACACGGGGAUUUAGAUCAACAAGAAGUGAAACCAACCACUCCUCUUUAAGGAGCAUUUGGAAAGACGCCAUUCCUCAAACCCUGAGGCCACAGGUGAUGACGGUUAAUUCCAACGACACAGGAGUGUCACCUCAGGGAGUCACUGGUUUGGAGAACACGCUCAGUGCCAAUGGGAGUAUAUACAAUGCAAAAGGAACUGGCCGUCCAGCUUCGUAUCAUUUCAAAUACAUCAUCAAUGAGCCUGAAAAAUGCCAGGAAUCAAGUCCAUUCCUAAUACUUCUGAUAGCCGCAGAACCAGACCAGGCGGAACCUCGGCAAGCCAUCAGGCAAACCUGGGGAAACGAAAGCCUGGCACCUGGGAUUCAAAUACUUCGGAUUUUUUUGCUAGGUUUAAGUAUUAAACUGAAUGGAUACCUUCAGCAAGCCAUCCUGGAAGAAAGCAGGCAAUACCACGAUAUCAUCCAACAAGAAUACGUGGAUACUUAUUACAACUUAACAAUUAAAACGCUCAUGGGGAUGAACUGGGUGGCCACCCACUGCCCAAAUGUGGCAUACGUUAUGAAAACUGACAGCGACAUGUUUGUAAAUACGGAGUAUUUGAUACACAAGCUUUUGAAACCGGAGCUGCCUCCCCGGCAAAAAUACUUUACUGGCUACCUAAUGAGGGGCUAUGCACCUAACAGGAACAAAGACAGCAAGUGGUACAUGCCACCUGAUCUGUAUCCAAGCGAACGCUACCCUGUAUUCUGCUCUGGGACUGGCUACGUGUUUUCUGGAGAUUUAGCGGAAAAGAUUUUCAAGGUUUCACUGAGUAUCAGGCGGUUGCAUUUAGAGGAUGUGUAUGUAGGCAUCUGCCUUGCCAAACUGAGAAUUGACCCAAUGCCCCCACCCAAUGAGUUUGUCUUCAAUCACUGGCGGGUUUCUUAUUCCAGCUGUAAAUAUAGUCAUCUAAUUACCUCCCAUCAGUUCCAGCCUAGUGAACUGAUCAAAUACUGGAAUCACUUGCAACAGAAUAAGCACAAUGCCUGUGCCAACACGGCAAAAGAAAAAGCGGGAAAGUAUCGUCAUCGUAAACUGCACUAAAAAGGACUUAAAAUACUGCAAAGUGUAAAAAGA